GCGCUACCGGUGGUGAGUGCCUCUUCCUCGUCGCCGACCGUGCCCCCGACCGCGGCUGGGCGGGAGGCGGAGGAUGGAUGUGGGCUUAUCGGCCAUUACGUUCUAUCUCGCUAGUGUCAACAGCCCUGCAGCGGCGACGAGCAUGGACGUGGAGUGCAGGAGCCGCGCGGAUGGAGGAGACCGAGUGGCCGCGUCUGGGGCUGCGGCCGCCGCGGCGCUCCGGCACCCGGUGCGGCAGAUGAGUAAUGAAAGAGGCUUUGAAAAUGUAGAACUGGGAGUCAUAGGAAAAAAGAAAAAAGUCCCAAGGAGAGUUAUCCACUUUGUUAGUGGUGAAACAAUGGAAGAAUAUAGUACAGAUGAAGAUGAAGUUGAUGGCCUGGAGAAGAAAGAUGUUUUGCCUACUGUUGAUCCGACAAAACUUACCUGGGGCCCCUACUUAUGAUUUUACAUGCUUCGGGCUGCCACCUCAACCCUCUCAGUGUGUGACUUUCUUGGAGAGAAGAUUGCAUCUGUUUUGGGCAUCAGCACCCCAAAAUACCAGUAUGCCAUUGAUGAGUAUUACUGGAUGAAGAAGGAGGAAGAAGAGGAAGAAGAAAACAGGAUGUCUGAAGAAGCAGAAAGACAAUUUCAACAGAAUAAACUACAGGCUGAUACCAUUGUUCAGACAGAUCAGCCAGAAACUGUGGUAUCGAGUUCAUUUGUGAAUCUUAACUUUGAGAUGGAGGGAGACUGUGAAGUAAUUAUGGAAAGCAAGCAAAACCCAGUCUCUGUCCCACCAUAAAAUCAGAUGAAUAUAAAACUUUAAACACUAAGGAAUUGUUUAUACCAGAAACUUCUCGUGUUCUUUAUUCAUUGGGACUUAA